AUGUUGGGUCGAAAACGACCCCUUGAGCAUAUAGCAUACAUAGAAUUAUUUAUUUUUAGGUCUUGGCGAGUGCUAACUACAAAUGAAAUAAUAGAAGUCCUGGAGGAAUUAGAUCCCGAUGAACAUGUCCAGGGCAUCGAAGUUUACAUGGACCCUCCUGGCGACGGUUUGGUGUCAGAUGGCGAUUCUGGAGAAGAGGACUGUGACGAUAUAAACAGACAUGGGGAUAGAACCCCUGUGGACACGUAUCCUACAGAUCCUUGGCGUAAUGAAUCUCUGUGGCCGGUGAAAUUCGGCGAACUGACUAACAUUGGGAAACGACAGCAUUAUGCUUUGGGUCGGUGGCUACGUAAGCGAUACUCUGUAAGUUAUUAA